AUGUCCGGUAAUGGUUCGCUGGAGCCCGGCGAGCAGACUUCGCUUCUGGGUCGUCGGUCUCUCUCAGGCUUGUCUUCCCAUGAACAUGAAGAACAUGGUGGACAUCAUCAUCACCCCAAGGAUACUCGCGCCUGGAUGCGCUGGCCGCAGCACGUCGUACGUCUGACUUGGUUGACCUUGGUUCGGGAUUACGUCAAUGUACUUCUCAUCUUUGUGCCGCUGGGUAUCAUCGCCGGAGCUCUCAAGUGGGACUCCACGGCCAUCUUUGUCCUCAAUUUCUUCGCCAUUAUUCCUCUUGCGUCCCUUCUGAGCUUUGCCACAGAGGAACUGUCAGCCACCAUGGGCCAGGCCCUUGGUGGUCUGAUGAACGCUACCUUUGGAAAUGCGGUAGAGUUGAUUGUCAGCAUCAUCGCGCUCAAGGAUAAGCAAAUUCGGGUCGUGCAAGCUAGUAUGUUGGGAAGUAUCCUGUCCAACAUCCUGCUCGUCUUGGGAUGUUGCUUCUUCGUCGGUGGCCUCCGUUACUCCGAACAAUCCUUCAACAGCACCGUGGCCUCCACCAUGUCCUCUUUGAUGGCCGUUGCUUCCGCCUCGCUGAUCAUCCCGGCCACGCUCUAUGCUGCGCUGUCUCAGUCCUCGCACAAUGCCCAAGACAACAUUCUCAUCUUGUCGCACGGUACAGCGAUCAUCUUGCUCAUCAUCUACGUGAUGUACCUCUACUUCCAGCUUCGGUCCCACGCCCACCUCUUUGAAGAGACCAACGGCAGUGAUACCGAGAACGGUGGCUUGGAGACAGAGGAGGAAGAGGAGCGUCUUCUUAGCCCUUGGGCAGCGACCGUUGCUCUGAUUGCCGUGACUAUUCUCGUUGCAAUCUGCGCGGACUACUUGGUUGGAAGUAUUGACAGCAUCGUGCAGAAAACCGGCAUUAGUAAAACCUUCAUUGGCCUGGUGCUUCUUCCGAUCGUCGGAAAUGCCGCAGAGCACGUCACCGCUGUGGUGGUCGCUUACAAGGACAAGAUGGACCUUGCCAUCGGUGUUGCGAUCGGCAGCAGCUUGCAAAUUGCCCUCUUCGUGACACCUUUCUUGGUCAUCCUCGGCUGGAUCAUGGGCAUCGAGAUGACACUGCACUUCCAGACCUUCGAGACUGUCGCUUUCUUCAUUUCUGGUUUGGUGGUUACCUUCCUGAUCCAGGAUGGCAAAUCAAACUAUCUCGAGGGUGGAAUGUGCUUGGGAAUUUCCAGGUAUGUGAUUCUCGCCCUUGCUUUCUAUGUCUACCCCGACGAUGUCAACGAGGGCCCCGGUGUCCUGGCCAAGCUUCUCAACUAA